CCGCUUCCGGCUUCCAGACUGAAUUGGCGGCGAGCGGACCCUGGCGUUCCUGAGGUCUGCGGGUGAGUGAGGGCCUUGCUGGAGAUGGACAGUCGGAUUCCUUAUGAUGACUACCCCGUGGUUUUCCUGCCUGCCUAUGAGAAUCCCCCAGCAUGGAUUCCUCCUCAUGAGAGGGUGUAUCACCCAGACUACAACAAUGAGUUGACCCAGUUUCUGCCCCGAAUCGUCACACUGAAGAAGCCCCCUGGAGCUCAGUUGGGAUUUAAUAUCCGAGGAGGAAAGGCUUCCCAGCUAGGCAUCUUUAUCUCCAAGGUAAUUCCUGACUCGGAUGCACAUCGAGCAGGACUUCAGGAAGGGGACCAAGUCCUAGCUGUGAAUGAUGUGGAUUUCCAAGAUAUUGAGCACAGCAAGGCUGUUGAGAUCUUGAAGACAGCCCGCGAAAUCAGCAUGCGCGUCCGCUUCUUUCCCUACAAUUAUCAUCGCCAAAAGGAGAGGACUGUACACUAGAGAGUUGCGGCCCAUAGCCCUCCACAUGAAAUCUUCUCGGACAAGCUGGUUAGGCCUCAGGGAAGCCUCUUGGGAAACUCUACUCUCACCCCACCCUGGCAGAGUAGAGUGAGUUAGGGACACAGUAAGGCCCUGCACCGAGUCAGCCAGCCAACUGCAUUACUCAAACUGUGCUGCACUUUUUGUUUCCUCGUUUUGUAGGUGAGAUCAUUCCCUGAAACAGGAAAGGCAGCCGACAUUUAUUGAAUACCAUGUGCUAGACAAUUACACAUGUGUUGUAUCAUUUUCAUUAGAGUCUAGAAAUCCACAGAGAAAAAGAAUCUUGGGGGCCUUCCAUCUCCUCCCAUUCUCGUACUACCAGUCUCAUACAUUCCAGAGACUCCCUGGAACCACUCUCCCCGCCCCCACCCUCUCCCCACAAAAGUAAAAGGCAAUGCUGAGGAAAUGUUGGUGUGACUUUUGGA